GAACCAAGCGGUUUGAGUGAGUGGCACCUACUCGAGGGCACCUAAGCUGUUUCUGGGCGCUUCUGCAGGAGACUGCACCAGCUCCAGCACCCAGUACGUCGCCGUCCAGCCGCGUUGGGCAAGGGCGGUUUCCGGAAGGUCACGCGCGCUGGAGCCCCGGGGCGCUGCGCUUGGCUGGUGGACGCUGGACCCUCUGGAUCACACUGGUUCCCAGAGAUAAUUCCGGAAGACUUCCAUAUUUGAAAGACAGCUGAUUGGCAACCUGAAUUUAAUCUGCAGCCUUAAGUCUCCUUUGCAAUAGAUUGAACCCAGGGCUUGGCGCAUGCUAGGCAAGCAUUCUACCACUGAGCUACAUUCCCAGCCCUGAAAGUUUUUUUUUUUUUUUAAAUCUUUGAUAAUUAGAAAAUCAUGGAAGCUGAUAAAGAAAACAACAAACAAGUUCUUAAGGAACAUCAGACAAAUGAAGAAUUGAUGAAAGACGACCAAAAUGAGGGAUUAAUUGAUGAAAUUAUAAAGGAAAAUAUCCAUUUAAAGGAGGAGAUUCAAAAGCUUGAAGCCGAGUUACAAGAGGCCGCCGGAGUCUUCCAGAUUAAAGAGGAUAUUCCAGAGACAAAGAUAAAAUUCACAUCACUAGAGACUCCUGAGGAUGUUUGCCAGUUUUCAAACAUUUCCUAUUCAUUUGAAGUGAAAUCACAAGUGCCUUAUGAGCUACAAAAAGGACAAGCACUUAUCACCUUUGAAAAAGAAGAAGUUGCAAAAAAUGUGUUACAAAUGGGGAAGCAUCGUGUGCAGAUGGAGGACGUGAUUCUGGAGGUUACAGCCAAUCCAGUUCCACUCAACACAGGAGUCAGAUUCCAGGUUCAUGUAGAAGUUUCUAAAAUGAAGAUCAGUGUUACUGAAAUUCCUGAUGAGUUGCCUGAAGAUCAGAUGAGAGACAAACUAGAGCUGAGCUUUUGCAAGUCCCGACUUGGAGGUGGAGAGGUGGAAAGCGUGGACUAUGAUAAGCGAUCCGGAAGUGCCAUCAUCACAUUUGUGGAAGCUGGAGUUGUUGACAAGAUAUUGAAAAAGAAAGAAUAUCCUCUUUACAUAAAUCAAAGCUGCCAUAGAGUUGUUGUUUCUCCAUACAUAGAAAGACACGUGAAAAAGUAUCAGGUAUUUUCAGGAAUAUCUAAGAGGACGGUGCUUCUGAAGGGAAUAGAGAACAUUCAGAUGGAAGAAGAAAUUGUGGAGGAUUUAAUUAACAUUCACUUUCAGCGGGAGAAGAAUGGAGGUGGAGAAGUAGAUGUGGUCAAGUGUUCUCUAGAUCAAUCUUACAUCGCGUAUUUUGAAGAAUAAACUGAUGGAGUCAUAUGAAAAUUAUAGCUUUUAAUACAUAUCACUGUAAACAUUUGGCAAAAAUGAAUAUCCUUUCCUUUAAAAAUUGAAAAUUUUAAUUCUUUAGUGUCCAUUUCUUUUUAAAUAAAAAAUAUAUUUCCAAGUUUUUGAAUUCA